UCGAACCACCCGGAAGCCCAGACGUGUCCCACCCUCCUCAGUGACCGCCAAUGACAACCCGGCUUCACCUGCAAGAGUGCAAACUUCUGUCGGCCGCCCACGCUGGUCCGGGAGUCUCCGGGGUUGGUGGCCUCAGACGCUCCAGCAGUCGUUGGUCGGUGGGUUGGCUGACUGAAGGAGGAGGGGGUGACGGCGGAAGCUUGACGAUCCGGGGAGUCCCAAGACUUGCUCCUAAGUGAUGGGGUCGGACACCUGACGACAGGUGCGGGCCAGACUGAGCAGGACGCGCAACAGGGACAGCCUUCUCUUCUGGCCACGCCUCCCCCUCUCCUGGGGCGCCAGCGUGCCUCGGGCUCCAGGUCCAGGUGGGCUCGCAGCCCCCACCAGCUCCUCCCGCCCAUGGACGGGCUCAGCCGGGAGCGGCCCUGGCACCACUACGCCAUCGGGCUGCUUCUGCAGCUGCUCCUGGCCCUGUGCUGCUUCUCCUACCUGCGCGUGCGCCGGGACAGCCCCACCGGGUCCCCCAGGUCGGGGCCCUCCGCCGCCGCCGCCCCCCAGCCCCUGCUGAUCCUGCUGUGGACAUGGCCCUUCAACACCCCCGUGGCUCUGUCCCGCUGCUCCGAGAUGCGGCCCGGCGCGACCGACUGCCAGCUGACCGCGGACCGCAGCGCCUACCCGCGGGCCGGUGCGGCCAUCGUGCACCACCAGGAGGGCAGCGCCGGGGCCCGGCCGGCCCCGGGCGCGGCCCCCGGCCGCUACCUGAGCUACUUCCGCUGGCGGGACACGCUGCGGCCGCGCACCUUCAGCUGGGCUCUGGCUUUCUGCAAGGCCUGCUGGCGGCUGCAGGAGGAGACCCGCUACCUGACCGUGCCCAGCAUAGCUUCCUGGUUCACGUGAGGCCGCAGGCCUGGGCCGGUGCUGGGGGUGCCUCACCUGCUGGGGACCUCACCUGCUGGGGACCUCACCCGCUGGGGAUCUCACCUGCUGGGGACUUCACCUACUGGGGACCUCCCCUCCUGGGGACCUCACCUCCUGGGGAUCUCGCCUGU